CUCUCAAACACACACACACACAGACUCCUGGUGGAACACACUGCUUCCAAGAUGUGGAUCUGGGCAAUGAUUCCUAUUGUAUUUGCGCUUACGGGCACUGUUGGAUUCUGGGCUGUGUUUGGGAUGGCUGUAUCCAACGGGUCUGUCAAUCUCACACAGGAGUUUCCUUAUAUCAGCACUUGUGGCUCCUACCCUCCUCAGAGCUGUGUCUUCGCUCAGAUCCUCAACCUGGGCUCUCUGCUCGUGGUGUGGAUCACUCUGAUGCGGUUUCAGCAGAUUAAGGAUUCCGGGCAACACUCUCGUACAAACACAGCCAGCCUUGUCCUCGGCCUCAUCUGCUCUCUGGGGACGUCCUUUGUGGGGAACUUCCAGCAAUCCGUGCUGAUGGGGGCUCAUCUGUUCGGGGCAUUCCUGGCGUUCUUCAUCGGGGUGGCGUACUUCUGGGUGCAGGUGUACCUCACCUACACCGUGAAGCCCUGCCAUGGGGGCCGCUGGAUCCUCCCUGUCCGCACUGCACUGUGCAGCACCUGCACCGUCCUCAUCAUUAUCAUGUCCGUGCUGCACAACCUGAAAUUCCGCACGCAGGCUGCGCUCUGUGAGUGGGGAGCAGCCAUGGCCUUCUUCCUGCUCUUCGGACUCUUCUCCGUGGAGUUCCGGCACUUGGACUGCCAGUCCUACCAUGUCCUGCGCAAGAGGGCCACCACGCCCAUGAGCAGGGAGCUGUCCUGAGAGAGCCGCUUCAGACACAUGCAAGGAGCCUCGCCUCCAGACCCACAGGCACAGCUUUCACAGAGAGUACAGUGCAGCAAUAUCACUUCAGAGCACAGCUAUGGCCAAACGUUUUGCAUCACCCUAUAGAAUUAACUAAUUUAGCUUCAUGAAGUUGAAUGAAACCUGCUGAAUAAUGUUACAUUAACAUAUUGAAUUGCAUACUGCUUUGUAAUUUUCCAUGUAAUUACAACGAAAAACUGACACAAAUAUGACAUUUUGAAAUCUAACUUGAAACACUGUACUACUGUUAUGGCUUCCAGUAGACUUUUGUGAUAUAAUUUUUCUUUUGAAAAAAAUGUAUUAUGUUCAUAUAGUUUUUUUUUUUGGAGUUUUUUUUUUAUAAAGUUGUCUCAAUCCUAAAAUUCUAGGAGAUGCAAAACGUUUGAACAGAGCUGUACAUGGAGGCUGUGUGGUCCAGUGGUUAAAGAAAGGGCUUGUAACCAGGAGGUCCCCGGCUCAAAUCCCACCUCAGCCACUGACUCAUUGUGUGACCCUGAGCAAGUCACUUAACCUCCUUGUGCUCCGUCUUUCGGGUGAGACGUAAUUGUAAGUGACUCUGCAGCUGAUGCAUAGUUCACACACCCUGGUCUCUGUAAGUCGCCUUGGAUAAAGAUGUCUGCUAAAUAAACAAAUAAUAAUAAUAAUAAUAA